AUCAAAUUCGCAAGUCUCCGCGUCCGCCGCUUCUCCUUGUUUCGUCUCGUCCCGUUGAUCAGGUCUCUCGAGAGCCCCGAUGGAGCGAGUAUCCCCCCACCAGCGCGACGCACGGCCGCCAGACGCGGAAGAAGCAGCCGCGUCGCCGGCACCAACGGUCACUUCAGCAGCCCCGUCCACCGCGUCGCCAGACGGCGGGUCCUCCGCUCCUGCCCUGGCAGCCGGAGCAACCAGCGCAACUGGAGCAGCCGGCGCAACCGGCGGAGCAAGGCCCGUCAACGCGGAACGCGCAGUCAGCGCAGUCAACGCCGUCAACGCCGUCAGCGCAGUCAGCGCAGUCAACGCCGUCAACGCCGUCAGCGCAGUCAGCGCCGUCAGCGCAGCAGGAGCAGUCGGCGAUUCGGUGAGCAGAAGCGGCGGCGGCGGCGAGAUGCGCAUGAGGGUGUGCGACCUUCCCAACGCGGUCCAGCUCCGCAUUCUCUCGCUCCUCGCCCCUCCUCCUCCUUCCCUGCCGGCUCCCCAGCAGCACCGGCAGGGUAACGCCAACCAGCAGGCGUCGCCGCUCCUCCUUCCAACCACCGCCAGCACCGUCUGCGAUGGCAGCGAGGGCAGAGGCAGAACACCUGAAGUCGUCUCACCACAUGCGACCAGCACGCAUCGGAGGCGGGAGUGCAGCAGCAGCAGCAACAGCCGCAACAGGAGCAACAUCAGCAACAGGAGCAACACGAGCAGGAGGAGCAGGAGGAGAGGGGGGGGGGGGGCGGCACUAGCUGGAGUGGCGCAGGUGGUGGAUGCGAGUGUGCGGGGCGAUUUGCUGGUGUGGCUGACGUCCCUGCCUAGGGAGCGAUUCUCCCCGGACUCUCACCCUCACCUGCACCGCAUCGUCUCUCGCCUUGCUGCCCUGCGACCGCUGCUGGAAUCCGUGGGGAGAAGUGCUGCUGCUGAUCCUGCUGCUGCUGCUGAUGUUGACACUGCUACUGGUUGUGCUGCUGCUAUCAGGGAUGCAGCUGCGUCUCCCCAGUCUGCUUCCCCUCUACCUCCAUCGCCCUCCUCCUUGGACGUCUCUGGAAAGUUCUCCUGCCAGCUGGCAUGCUACCCUGCCAACGGUGCGCGCUAUGCGCGGCACACUGACCGCUCCCCUUCCAGCCCGCACCGCCGGGUGACUGCCCUCUACUACCUCAACCCUGCCUGGGACCCCGCCUCCAUGGGCGGCAACCUGCGGCUGUAUCUAACACGCACUCUCCCUGUGGAGGAGGAGCAGGAGGAGGAGGAGGAGGAGGAGGAGGAGGAGGAGGAGCAAGAAGAGGAGCGGAGAGUGGACAUAGCGCCAAUGGCUGACCGGCUGGUGCUGUUUGUCAGCCACAUGGCUCACGAGGUGAUGCCCGCCCACGCCCACCGCUACUCCCUCACUGCCUGGUUCUGCUGCACCCCGCAGCCAGGGGAGAGUGCAGGGGCGGUGCAAGCUGCUGUAACAGCAGGAGUGGCAGCAUGCAGCCACGUUGCAUCACUGGCACCCAAGGGUGGUGCAAGUGCAGCAUCACCCGGCAGCAAUACCGCUGCUGAGGAAGUCAGAAGCGGGGCAGGAGGGGACGGGGAGUGGGGGGAGGAGCGGGGGCAGGAGCGCAUAUUUGUGUCGAUCGCGAGCUACCGGGACUCGGAGUGUGUGUGGACGGUGAAGAGCCUCCUGGAAAACGCUGCAGUGUGGGAGAGAGUGACUGUGGGCAUAGUGUGGCAGAUCUCGGAGGACGACCGUGCAGCCACCACAAGUGCGCUGCUCUGCUCCCUGCCGACCUGCUACCACCCACAGAUACGACAGGUGGUGCUACCGGCGUCUAUGGCCCGUGGGCCGUGCUGGGCCAGAGCCAUAGCGCAGCAGAUGUGGCGAGGCGAGGCUUUCUACCUGCAGAUCGACUCGCACAUGCGCUUCUUGUCCUCAUGGGACGUCCACCUCCUCUCCCUCCACGCCCGUGCCUCCCUUCUCUCCCCCAAGCCCAUCCUUUCCUCCUACCCCCCUGGGUACCUCGGCCUUGGCCCUGCAGCCGUCAUCCCCCCAAUAGACGCCUCCGCUGCCUGCAUUCUGCUGUGCGCCAGCCACUUUAUGGGGGGAAAGGGUCAGGUAGAGGCACAGAGUAAGGAGAGAGGGGUGGUCCAGGGGAGAGUGGUGGAUGAGGAUGAGGGUUCUCCGGUGCCGUCUUUGUUCUGGGCAGCAGGGCUCUCCUUCUCCCGCUCAUCGGUCAUUCAUGAGGUGCCCUACGACCCUUCUCUCUCCUUCCUCUUCUUCGGCGAGGAGCUCUCCAUGGCUCUGCGCCUCUUCACACACGGCUACGACUUCUACGCUCCGUCGCGGCCCCUCGCCUUCCACCUGUGGUCCCGCGCCUACCGCCCCUCGCUGCCUACCGUUGUUUCCCCUGCACUUCCCGAAACGCUCUCCCGUACACUCACUUCACCAGCCCCCACAGCCGGUAAAGCUGCAACAGCAAGAGCAAGAGCAACAGCUGAUAGGAACUCAAGGGCGAGCGAUGUAUGUUGUGAGGAUUCCGGAGAGCAAUCAGCACCGGCUAUUCAAGCAACUCAAGCAGCAGCAGCAGCAGGAGGAGGAGAAUCACCACCACCAUCGUCGCUCAAAGCAGCCGCCAAGGCAGCAGCACAGGCACGGGUGCGGCUGCUGCUUUGCCCACACAGUAGCCCAGCUGGGGCAAUGAACAGACGAGCAGCAGGCAAGGGCUAUGUGACUCACUCAAGCCAAGGUAGACACAGUGGUGUUGCAGAAAACGAUUCGCAUACCUUUUUGGGACAGGGAUUUGCAGAUGUGGGGGGAAACACGUGUGGCGGCAGCAAGGAGAAGCUAGAGGGUGGGCAGCAGCAGUGUGGGUGUGGUGGGAGGGAGAGAGCAGAGGCUGUAGUGGCAGUGCGUGGGGGGGAGAGGCUGGAGUGGCAUGCUGUGCCUUGGACUGAUGUGCAUGGCAGGGAACAGGGAACUGUUAGGGUGCUCCGAGAAUCUGAGACGUACUCCUCUACCUCUACUUCUGCUCUUGCUGUUGCUCCUCCUGCUGCUGCUCCUGCUGCUCCUCCUGCUGCUGCUGCUGUUUCUGCCGGUGCCGAUGCGGCUGAUUGCAUGCAUGUGUGCAUGGGUGUGGGGUCAGAGCGCACGGUCCAGCAGUUUCUAGAGCACUGCGGGGUGGACUUCUGCAGGAAGGUGAUCAGUGAGAGGGCGAGGAAUGGUGGUGCUGAUGUCGCCUGGUUUGCUGAUGUUCCAGCAACAGGUUGUGGUGAUGGUGCGAGCUGAUAAGCCAUGCUGAACCGGGUAGUCGUUUGCUGCUUGCUCUGGUGUCUCAAUGGUGGCAACUUGUCAUGGGCGCUUGCAGCAGCUGGCUGGAGAGGAGACUCUUGCCAGAAGAGCAAUGAAGCACAAGUAGGCAUGGCUGGCUGGUUCUACCAGUAGUACGUUAUUCACUGUAUGGAUGUUUGGACGAACACUUGGAACACCGGAACUGUUUGUAUGUGCUAUCCGAACUUGGGGUAUUUAUGAUUGUCGCCUCCCUCCUUGCUAGAUGGUGGAGAGCAUGCUAAAUUAUAU